AUGUUUAAUCAAUUACUCUUCUAUGUUGGAGUCUACACACUACUGUUGCAAAGCAGAAAUGAAGUUUCCGUCAGCUCAAGCAUGAUGACCACCACAACUGAGGAGUCUGCUGCCUUGCAGCCGUAUUUUGAUUUUGACGUUCCUCGCAAUCUCACCGUAACCGUAGGUCAAACCGGUUUCUUGCACUGUCGAGUCGAGCGCCUUGGGGAUAAAGAUGUUGCUUGGAUCAGAAAGCGAGAUCUACACAUACUUACAACGGGAGCGUCGACAUAUACUUCGGAUCAACGCUUUCAGGUGAUCCAUCAGGACAGUUCUGUCAACUGGACGCUGCAAAUAAAAUACCCACAAGUUCGCGACUCUGGUGUGUACGAAUGCCAAAUCAACACCGAACCUAAAAUGUCGUUAUCAUACGAGCUGAAUGUCAUCGAACUACGAGCGAGAAUUCUAGGUCCUGCGGACAUUUUUGUAAAAUCUGAUAGCGAAAUCACUAUGACAUGCGUUAUCCAGCAGGGACCACAUGAGCUAGGGACAAUUUUUUGGUACAAAGGACACUCACUUAUAGAGCCUGGGGCUCAAGAGAAUGACUUACAUGCUAGUGAAAAUCGUCGAAUCACCGUAGAAACAGACUGGACGGAUGUUUUGACAUCUAGGUUAAAAAUCAAAAGGGUUGUACAAAGCGAUACUGGAAAUUAUACCUGUGUUCCAACGAUGGCCAAAUCUGCAAGCGUCUACGCAAAUGUGAUUAGCGGUGAACACCCGGCUGCAAUGCAGCACAAUGCAGCAGCAUCAAACUCUCUGCCACUGUUGCUGCAUACGGCAUGUAUUAUACUAUUAUGUCACGUAGUAUCAAUAAGGCAUCUACUAGACAAACUCAGACUGACGGAUCGUUUGUUGGUCGAAGCCAAGGAUGUGAGAUGAAGCAGGGCGAACCCCUGUACCUGGCAGUGUCAUACCUUAAGCGAUCGAUUUCCGGAUGACCUAAUCCAUAAAGGUCUACCCAACGGAAGUGUGCUAAUGCAACAAAAAUAGGUAUACGCUGAAGGAACCAUGCCAAGUUCAGGGAACAUUUCAGCCCUAGCACUCUGUACCGUUUCAUACGUCACGGAUCACAUUUCUUCACCACAUGAUCUUCGUUUCUUCAUCGCAUUCCUUGUCAUGGUUAUAGAUUGGCAUCAAUGCCCUAGCUGCACUGUGCACAAGAACACUGUUAAUAAAGAAAUCAAAUUUCCUAAAAUCAUCUUCCACGACAGAUACUAGGUGAUACUUAGUGCAACCGACUCGAACAGGAAUCCUCACGUCCUUGCAGUCGAUCUCGGGAUAUACCAUAGCAGCGAAUUUGAAAAUACAGAAUUAGACUCUAUCCACCAGUAGAUUAGCCAAAUAGACACUCCCUCAACAACAACCUGUACCUUGUAACAGCAAAAUCGGUG